GUUCCCCCGUCUUCUUCCUCCCACCCCACAUUUGACAUUUCCCACCUCCUCCAGCUGCGCCCCCGAUCCCAGCUGCAUCCUGAGCGGAUUCCAUUCCAUUAGAUUCUCCCGAGGAGCAAAUUGCCUCCCGAGAUCUUCAUCUCGUUUCGGAUUCCUCUCGUCUAAUUGGUUCCGGAGCCAGGCAAGAAGCGAAAGAGGAGGAAAAUGUGCCCGCUGAGGGUGAUACUCAUCUUCCUCUCCGCCACCGUCGCCGGAUUCUUCCUCCUCCAGGGCCUCAACGCCGACACCGACUGUUUCCGUGACGGCGACGAGGGCUCGGAAUCUCCCACGGCCGCCGUUCCCCUCCAUUCCAAGGUUGGUUCAGCUGUCAAAACUGGGUUCUGGACAACGGUGGACAUGGCCAGCGGUCGGUACCUUUGGCGGACCCUUGUUGCGCCACCGGUGAAUUCUGAAUCUGACAAGGCCCGGUGACGACGAACUCUAUGUUCUCUGUUUGACAUUUGUGUAAUGGUGGAGACAAGGGACGAAAUUGGCAUGAUGUGUGAUACAGCGGCGAUUGUAAAUAUGGGUUUUAUAUGUUGAAGUAAAUGUGCAAAUUCUUCAUGUUUGAGCCUUGUGUUUUUGAGUUUUGACUAGUGAGGCAGUGCUGGAAGUAUGGAUUUUGGACUAAGUUGGUUUCAUCUUUGUUUGGUUUCGAUUGGUUGAAGCAUAUAAGAAAUGCCAGAAAUGGGGAUUUGGUUA